CAUCAUAGCUAUCAGAGCUCGUCUCUGGUACGCUGCUCGUCUCGCGUGCGCCUUCCCACAUGACCUCCUCGAAUCCCCUUCUCCAGUACUCCAUCUCGGCCCACCCCGCCCUGCUUCCGCGCUCCUCCUGCCUCAUCCGCCCUCGUCACGCUCCCCCUCCCCCGUUCUUCUCUCGCCGCGGACCAUGGCUUCCCCCGCAUUCCCCGCAUUCCCCGCAUUCCCCGCAUUCCCCGCGCGGAUUGCCUCGUUUCUCGCCUCUUUUCUCUAGCAGCGGGAGUCGCGUCGUAGCUGCAGUGAGACGACCAUCCGCGGUAGUGCGAGGAGCGGGGGAAGGGCGGAGCGGGGAGACUUGGCGCGGAGAUUCCGGACGAACGCGGCAAUGGGGGGAAGAUCGGGGAGUAUGGUACGAGGGAAGAGCCGGGGGAAGGGAGAGGGGAAGAAGAGAGGUUGACGACGAGGGGGGACUGUGGUCUGUGCGGACUAGUAUUGGCGCAGGAACAUUGACCGACCGCAAUUCACGGAAUGGCAAGUCAGCGCAUUUUCCGCCAUCACAGCGCCCCCCAUUGCGCGGACCAUCCGCGGAGCAAUCCCCUUCCCGCUCUCCGCGUAGCGAGCGCCAAUCUCCCCCAUCCCGUAGGGUAUCCGCGGAUGCGGAUGGGUGGGGGAGUUACGGGGAAGAACCCAUGGGCGCAGGGAUCGGGGGCAGGGACCCUGGCGGAACGAGGUCCGCUGGCGCGCGUACUGGCGGGGCCAGUGGAGCUGGCGGAGCUGGGAUAAGCGGAGGGGGGAUGGGGGGAGCGGGUAUGAGCGGAGCGGGACGGGGGGGAGCGGGGAAAACCCCCCCAAAGCGGCCUCUGGCGCGGCGGCUGCGGGGACAGAAGUCGGAGGAAACCCUAGCGAAGGAGGUAGGCGUGGUGAUGGUGCAGCUGGGGAAGCUGGAGCCAGGGGGCGAGCGGAAGGUGCACCACGUGCUCAAGAAAUACGCCAAGUGCUUCGGGCCCGAGUGCGUCCUGGGGGCUCUGAACGAGCUCAUGCGUCGGAACGACGUGGACCGUACGAUCGAGGCGUUUGAGUGCAUCCGGACCGCUCACUGGUUCGAGCCGGAUGCGAUGCUGUAUGCGCGGAUGAUAGGGGUGCUAUCGAGAAACGGGCGCACGGACACUGCUGCGGCGCUCUUUGCUUCUAUGGAUGGGGGGCCUGCCGUGCCUCUGACUGGGGGGAUGGCCGUGCUGGUGGGGGCAGGGGGGUUUGGCGUUGGGUGGAAGAGUGGGGAGGGAGGAGGAGGGAGGGGUGGCGUGAGGGAGAGUGAGAAUGAUUGGGAUGAUGGUAGUGGUGGUGAUGAUGAUUCGAGUGGUGAUGGCGUGGAUGAGGGUGAUGAUGAGGUGGCGCCAGGAUAUGCUGACGAUGAUGAUCCGGAUGGGGACAGGUGGGGCACGAGCAAGGGGUGGAGGCGACGGGUGAAGAAGAAAGGCGCUGCUGCAGGUGUGGCGGUUUCAAGAGCAGCAGCAUCAGCAGCAGCAGCAGCAGAUUUGGCGCGUCUACCCCGUCUGAAGCCGUGUGGGCGCACCCCCUCAGUGUACGCGGCGAUGAUAGAGGCGUAUGGGCGCCGGCACCAGGCCACCGCCGCCCUCGCCCUGCUGCACCAGAUGAACGCCACCCGGGGCUGCGCGCCUGACGCCAUGGCCUACGGUUCGGCAGUUAAGGCUCUGUGCCUUGUGGGUCGCACCACCGAAGCAGAGGAUCUGCUGGCAGACAUGGCGCACAGGGGCGUGCUGCCGGACGCCGCGCCCUUCAACGCGCUGAUCGAGGCGUACGGGCGGGCGGGGCAGCUGCAGCUGAUGCGCGACAAGUUCUUUGAGAUGGCCAGCGUGGGGCUCAGGCCCGACGUGCGCACCUUCAACGGGCUCAUCAGAGGCUUUGGCAGGGCGGGAAUGCUACCAGAGAUGGAGGCGGUGUUUGAGAACAUGCAGACGAGGUACCGCACGGCCCCCAACGUGCACACCUUCCACGGGCUCAUGGACGCCUACGGCUCCCAGGGGCUGCUGUGCUGGCAGCGCCACGCGGGCAGCAGGGAGGCCAGAGGGGGACAGCAGGACAGGAAGCGUGCAGAUGGUAGGAGGAGUGGAGAUGAGGGAGGAGUAGGGCAAGGGCAGCAAGGGCAGCAACGGCAGCAAGGGCUGCAAGGGCAGCAAGGGGGGAGGAAAGGAGGUGCGGAGCGCAGCAGGGCCAUGUUUGACCGUAUGCACCGCACAUUGCUGCACCUGGUGAAGAUGCGGUACCGCCUGCAAGCAGAGAGCUUUGAGCUGCCUCUGAAGUACCUGGCUCAGGCCGGAAUGGUGGACGAGAUGGAGAAGGUGUUUCGCCUCAUGAGGGCCAUCGGGGUGCGCCCCACAACCACCACGUUCACUCUCAUUGCCGAUGCAUACAGCUCCGCCGGGCAGCCGAAACAAAUCCUGCGCCUGCUGAAGCAGAUGCAGUCCAUGCCCCUCGCUGCCCGGAAGGAAACCAACUCGCCUGCAAGCAGCAGCAGCAGCAGCAGCAGCAGCAGCAGCGGCGGCGGCGGCGGCAGCAGCAGCAGCAGCAGUGGCAGUGGCAGUGGCAGUGGUAGUGUUAGUGGUAGCAGCAGUGGCAUUGAUUCUAAUGCACGCAGCAGGCUGCUGGCUGCAGCAGCAGGGGCGUUUGCCUCUGCGGUGGAGAUACGAGACAUGGAGUGGUGCCUGCUGCAGCUGCACCCUUCUGACACAGAUACUUCUUGUAGAAACUUUCCUCCCUCUAACCGCUCUCCCUCCUCACCCUCCUCUCCCUCAUUCGCCUCUUCAUCCCGUUCGUCUCACACCAAGUCCCCUUUCGUUACCACCUCUUCACCCUCACCCACUUCUUUCGCCCCUCCUGCCUUGGCCGACCCAUCCCGCCUGCAUGCAUGGGUGGGGGCGAGUGGCGGCGGCAUGUCCCUGGUGUCGGCGGUGCUAGAGGCAUACGCACAUGCAGGCAUGCUCUCGCACAUGGAAGCACUGUUCAUGGGUGCUCAGGCCAUGGGGAUGGCCGCACGGGCCAUGGGGAUGGGAGAGCAUGGUGUGGAGAUGCGAGGGAUGAGAACAGGUGGCAUGGGGAGUAGUGAAUAUGGCAUGGGAGUGGGGGCACUUGGCAUGGGGAUGGGUGUGGCAGGAGGAGGGGGAGGUGGAGAGACCAUGGGAGGCGCCAUGGGUGGGGGGCCUUUGGGGGAAAGAGAUUCGGCUUGGGGCGGAGUUGGGAGGGGGAUGGGGAGUGGGGGGAUGGGGGGAGUCAUGAUGGGAAGAGAAGGGGCAUGGGGAGAGGUGACUGGCGGAAGGGGGGUGGGCAGGGAGAGCAGGGGGGGGGCGGGAAUGGGGGGAGGAGAGGGAGGCAUGUGGGGGGGAAGCGGGGGAGGGUUAGGAGGGUGGACUGGGGAGGAUAUGGACACAGGGAUUAGAGUGAGUGGAGGUGAGGGGUAUGGUGGUUUUGGGUAUGGUGUUGAUGGGUACAGGGGUGAUGGGUAUGGUGGCACUGAUGGUGGCAUGGAUGGUGGUACCAUGGGACACGUUCAACAUACUCCCCCUUCUUCUUUCCCGAAGCCUCCUACAAGCCGCCGCCGCCACCACCGGCUCGUUUUGUCCUCAUCUGCAUGCAACGCCGUGGCUGAAGCCUAUGCUGCAGUGGCUUCUCCGGGCGGCGUGCGGCGAGUUAUGGCCUACAUGCUUCGGCACGGAGUGGCCCGCAACGAGACGACCAUUGCCGCCCUCCUCUCAGCCUGCGCAGCGGCUGCUGACGUGGCGGGGAUGGAGGCGGCGCUCCAGCGAGCUGUGCGACGUGGCAUGCUGGACACGGCGCCAGCUGGUGCUUACGUGGCUCCGCAUGGAUCCAUCCGGAGCCUGCCAGCUGGCGCUUACGUGGCAGCAGCACAUGCGUUUGGAGCAGCAGGGGAGGUGGGAAGAAUGAGAGAGAUGCUGGAAGUUGCACGGCAAGUGGGGGGGAGGUUGGGGAACGUGGAGGGCAGUGGUAAUUACAGCGAAGACCUAGUUGCGACGGGGAGGGGAGGAAGAGUGGGUGAAGGCAGGGAGGAGGAAAGGGAAAGGCGAGGAUGGGAGGUGGGGAGAGAUGGGGGGAGACGUGAGGAGAGAGAUGGAGGGAGGGAUGGUCGUGAUAUGGUGGGUGAUGAUGGUGCUCUAAUGGGAGGGAGUAGCGUGCGGGUUUCCGAAGGUGAGGAGGCAGCAUGGGAGGUGGAGAGGGAGUGUUACUUAACCGCCAUCGAUGCCUUCCUUGCUGUGGCUGAUGAUGGUGAUGGUGCUGCUGCUGAAGACAACGUUGUAACUGGUGCUGCUGGUGGUGCUGAUGCUGUGGCCAUUGAUUGUGCUUCUACUGGUACUGCUCCCGCUGAAGACCCUGCUGCUGCUGCUGCUGCUGCUGCUGCUGCUGCUGCUGCUGUUGCGCCAGCUUUGGAUCGAGCCGAGGCACUUUUGAAUGAGAUGCACGGGCGGGGCAUGUGCGCUGAUGUGGCGACAUACUGUGCCAUGCUGGCAGCGAGGGGGCAUGGGGAGGUGGUGGAGGGGGCGGCAGAGGAAGUGCUUGAGGUGGAGGGGUGUGGGAUGAGUGCAGGGGCGGUGUGCGCUGCUGCUCUGCUGAUGCUGCUGGCACAGUCGCAGGGACAGGGACAGAGACAGACACAGGGACAGGGACAGGCAGCGACAACGGCAACUCUGGCACCAACACAAGCAGAUUCUGCUGCUGCUGCUGCUGCUGCUGCUGCUGCUGCUGCUGCUGCUGCUGCUGCUGCUGCUGCUGCUGCUGCUGCUGCUGCUGCUGCUGCUGCUGCCCCUGCCCCUGCUGCUGCUGCCUCAGCCCCAUCAGCCCCAGCAGCAGCAUCCCAUCUGCUGCUGAACUGGCUCUGGUCGCUGCAGGCCGGUCGCCUCCGCCCCCUCGUCCGCUUCCUGGGGGGCUUUCAGCCAGAGGGGGGGAUGUGGGCCGAGGGAUCAGUGCAGGGAGAUGAGAGGAGGGGGAGAGGUGUGCAGGAUGGAAGUGAGGAGCGGCAGGCGGCAGUGGCGGCAGGCAGGGGUCUACAGGGAGCAGGCACACAGCAGCAGCAGCAGCACGAGACACGGCUUGACACUCUGUCAGCUCAAGAGACAGCCCUGUUCCAUGACUUGAACAAGUUUCUCCGAAGCAUCCAGGGCAGUACCCACCCCCGCGCCAUGCGCCCGCUCUUCGCCUCUCUCGCCGCAGCCCUCUGCAGGCUCGGCAGGCUCGACCGAGCCUGCUGGGUGCUGGAAGAGGCUCGGAGGUUCGGAGCGUAUCCGACUCCUCCGAGCCUGCCGGUGCCAAGCCUGGCUGGCCCGGUUUGGUCGCUAGACCUGCAUUUGUACCGAGGUCCGGUGGCAGUGCUCGCACUGGCAGUUUGGCUGGAUGAGCUGUGCUGGAGGAUUACCGAAGCUGAGCAGCAGGCUCGGUGUGGGCCGGUUGGGGAAGGUUCGAAGAACAGAGAGAACGGUGAAAGGCUUGGAGGACGGAGGAUUGAAGGAGAUACGGAAUGGGAUAAUAAAGGGAAUACUGAGCAUCAGUGGCCUGAGCGAGCCGUGAUUAUAUUGGAGGCAAGCGGACAUGAGCUGCUAGAACAAUCUAUAGGUCGGAGGCCAGUGAGGGACUUCUUGGCUUAUAACGAGUCACCCUUUAGAGCGCUCAGCAGUGAUCCAUACGGGCGCAUGGAUGCUGAAGUCGGUGCGUUGAGAGAAUGGGUUGAUGAAAGGUGGCCGUCGGAGGAAUUUGUCUUGGAGAGUAGAAAUGGAAACGCUGCCUCAAAGCACGGUAGUCGUAUCAGGCCAUGCCUCUGGGAAGACGUGAGAAACUUUUUGCUUGCGUACAUUGAACAAUGAUGCAAUGGUGCACAUUGCAUGGCACUGUGGCACAUCCAUCCACCAAUGUUCUAUCAAGAGGUGAAUCUUGUACCAUAACCAUAGUACCAUACAUGGUUGUGCUGUGCACCGCUCACCGUGAGUACCGGUAUUCGUAACUGGAAGCCCAGGAUAUGCCCCACCAC